AUGUCUUCUGAUACCAUAACCUUAUUCGAUAUUCCCACCAAGCCACCCCAGGUUUGUUGGUCCAUGAAUAUUUGGAGAACACGUCUACUUCUCAACUUUAAAGGACUCAACUACAAAACUGAAUGGCUUGAGUAUCCACAGAUCAAGGAACAACUGAGUCAACAUGUUUCACCAAAUGAACAAAACCCCGAGUUCACCCUCCCAGCCAUACAGAUGCCCGACGGCACCUACGUCAUGGACUCUUACAAGAUUGCCGACUACAUCGAGGAAAAGUACCCAGAGCCUAGCGUGAGUCUCAAUCACCCAAUGCAGCUUCGUCUCAGGGCGUCCAUGGUGAAGUUCAUGACUCAAAUGACACCUAUAUACGUUCCCGGCGUCGCCAGAAAUAUCCUUGGUGACAAGAGCAUUGAUUUCUUCCUUACCACGCGACAAGAAGACGUCGGAAUGCCGUUGUAUGAGUACGGAGAGAAAAACUCCCCUGGAGCAUUGGACCGAGCGGAACCUUUCACUCGUGAGAUUACAGAAUUACUCAAGGAGAACAGCUCAGGACCUUAUUUCUUAGGUGACACCGUCAGUUACACGGACUUUAUCUGGGCAGGAAUUCUGCUCUUUUUCCAGUGUCUGGGCGAAAAAGAGUACCAGGAGGUUUUGCAAAAGACCGGAGAGGCCGAUGUCCAUACAACGUUUCUCGAGGGUCUGGCUGAUUGGACUAAGCGCAACGAGUGA